GUUUGGUAAUCAGUUGGGUCGCAGUUUGAUGACGUUUUGACAUUGCUAUGGAGCGCUCUUGAAAAAGUUGCUAACUAGCUCGCUUGUAAGGUCCGACCUCUGAGGUAUAAUAAGAAGGGUCCAUCCAUGGCUCUUAUUUCAAGAUCAUGCAGUGGGUUCCUCGCCCAACUGUCAUCACUGACGCAUCACAAGGCUUUCAGUGUGUCAGCAGCCGCCGCAGCCAUCCAGAAGAUGACCAGGGUACGUGUAGUUGACAACAGUCCACUGGGUAAUACCCCGUGGCACCGCUCCCCUAGAGUCAUCCACGUGUACACCAAGAAUGGAGUGGGCAAGGUGGGCGACCGCGUUCUACUGGCCAUCAAGGGAGGGAAGAAAAAAGCUCUUAUCGUUGGCCACAAGAUGCCCGGAGAGCGGAUGAACCCGCGUUUUGACUCCAACAAUGUUGUCCUGAUUGAAGACAAUGGUAACCCUACGGGAACUAGAAUUAAGGUUCCACUACCGACACACUUGCGCAAAAUGGAAGGAGACUAUUCCAAACUGUUAGCCAUCGCUAGCAGGUUUGUGUAGUACUGUAACAGCAGGUCCUUCGUUAAUAGUUGUGAUGACAGCUGUCAUGUCCUCAUACAGGAUCAAGCCUAUGGGGGUGAUUCCUAACACAUUUUCACGUAGUCUCCCAUUGAAAUCAACGUAUAACUAAGUGAACAUUUUUUACUUUAACUCGGCUGUGUGCCCCUAUGUUAGCCAACGGAAAUCUCUCCACAUGUUAUUGGUAAUGAAACCAUGUUAUGGCCUGUUGUCAAUGUAAUCAGACCCUUUUUCUCCACGAAGUCUCAUGUCAUUUAUGUUGUUUUGAUAAAUAAAAUUGACAUCAUUCAAA